AUGGAAUCCUUAGUGACGCGCUUGGAAGCUGUUACCUCUAGAUUGGAAAACAUAGCAUCAGGGGGAGGUACAGCAAUGAAGGCAGGAGAUUCAGCUCCAUUCGUUCAAGCAUAUGAUGCAGUGGUCAACAGUUACCUAGAAAAGUUUCUUGAGUUGAGCAAGAAGUUAGAUGGGGAUGUUAGCACCCAGGCCAAUUUGGUGAAAGAUGCAUUGUCAGCACAACAUGACUUUUUGGUGCUUGCAUCUCAUUGCAAAGAACCAGCACAAGCUGAACUUCCUGGUUUAUUGAAAAAGUUGUCAGAUAACAUUUCUGCCAUUCAGGAUUUGAAAGAGAAGCAUAGGACCAGUCAGUUCUUCAACCACCUAUCUACCGUUGCUGAUUCUAUUCCUGCCCUGGGUUGGGUUUCUGUGUCUCCGGCACCAGCACCAUACGUUAAGGAGAUGAUUGACUCUGGCCUCUUCUAUUCAAACAGGCUUCUCAAGGAUUACAGGAAUAAAGAUGAUAAUCAUGUUGAAUGGGUGAAGGCCUGGAUGGGACUGCUCUGUGAUUUGCAAGUAUAUGUCAGAAAGCAUCACACAACUGGUCUCACUUGGAACAAGCAGGGUGUGGAUGUAUCUUCCUACAAGGGUGCCUCAUCUCAACCAUCACCUGCUGGCGGUCCUCCACCCCCUCCUGGUCCCCCACCUCCUCCUGCACCUAUCGCUCCUUCAUCCACAUCAUCAAAUGAUGGAGAUGAUGACAACAGGGCUCAAUUGUUUUCUGAGCUGAACAAAGGAGAGGACAUUACAAAAUCCCUGAAAAAAGUGUCCGAUGACAUGAAGACCCACAAGAAUCCUGCCCUUCGUUUGGGUGCUCCACAGCCAUUUAAAGCAAGUGCAAAGCCAACACCAGCUGCAAAACCAGGAGCCAAUCAGAAACCUAGCCAUCAUGCACCUGCUGCAUCUGCCAAGAAACCUCCAAAGUUGGAACUUGAGGGCAAGAAGUGGAUUGUGGAGCACUAUGUGAACAACAACAACAUCAUAAUAGCUGAGACUGAAAUGAAGCAGACGGUCUACAUAUUCAAAUGUGAGAACUCAACGAUCACCAUCAAAGGCAAGGUCAAUGCCAUCACCAUGGAUAACUGCAAGAAAUGUGGACUAGUUUUUGACGAAUCCAUCUCUUCAUUGGACUUUGUCAACUGUCAGAGUGUCAAGGCUCAGGUGUUGUGUAAAGUGCCAACAAUAAAUGUUGACAAGACGGAUGGCUGCAUGAUUUUCUUGAGCAAGGAUUCAUUGGAUUCACAAAUUGUUUCUGCAAAGUCUUCAGAGAUGAAUGUUCUUGUGCCUGAUCCUCAGAAUGAAUUCAGAGAAUUUCCAAUUCCUGAGCAGUUCAGGACAUACUGGAAUGGUUCUAAGCUUGUGACUGAGAUCACUGACGUCAAGGUGGGCUGA